UCGUUUCUUUAAUCCCUCCGCUCUUCCUCUGUAGUCAAUUUAAUCUGCUCCAAUCGCUUUCAGCUCGAUUUGCAUUGAUUUUGGGCUUCUCAGGGAGAAAAAUCCGAUUAUAGCAGCCCUAGGUUUUUAGGGUUUUGUUGGGUGAUUGGGGAUUCACGUCGUCUAUUGUUCAUGAUAGCGAGAUGUGUUGAUAAAUCGGGAAAUUGGUUCGAGAUAGUGACUUGAAGUGGCGGCUUCUGGUGCUACUUUUCUGAAAGCAGCAGCAGGUAUUAGAUUAUGUCGAGCAAGAAGGAAGACAAGGCUCAGGAUGCGGCCGAGAGAAUCAAGGCUGCAGCCCUCACUGCUGCGAAAGGCCUUAGCCGAGCUCAGGCAGAACGAGCAGCAGCUGCUGCUGCCCGAAAUGUCAAUGCUUACGGACAGAAGGAAGAAGGUCCGAGCAGAUGGCAGGAGAAGAGGGAAGCAAAGAGGCAGAUGUAUCUGAUGAGUACUGAGAAGGCCGUGAGGUUGGGUGAAAGGAAGGACUUGAAGGCUACGUCAUCUACAAUAGCGGGCUCGGCUCAGUGCCAGAAGUGUUAUCAGUCCGGUCAUUGGACUUAUGAGUGCAAGAAUGAACGGGUCUACAUCUCUCGCCCGUCACGAACCCAAAUGCUCAAGAACCCUAAGCUCAAUAUGGUGGGGCCUGUAUCAUAUGACCUGGAGAAUCUUGAUGCCAAGAAGGAAGAGAAGACCGAGAAGUCGGACAAGCGGUCCAAGAAGAGUAAGAGGAAGUACCGUUCCGACUCGUCUCCUAGUGACAGUGAGGCUUCGGUGUUUGAGAGUGAGUCUGAGUCGGAUUACUCUUCCCAGGAGAGUAGUUCAGACUACAGCUCAUCCUCCGAUUCGGAGGAAGAGAGGAGGCGGCGGAGGAGAAAGAAGAAGAAGCAGCAGAAGAGCCGGCGAAGGAGGAGGUACAGCUCAUCCUCCGAGUCAUCCGAUUCAUACACUGCCUCUGAAUCGGAUUCUGAUGAGAAUAGCCGGCGAAGCAAGAACAGGAAGCACAACAAGAGGCGUUGAAGUGGUUUAUGAUGAAUUAUAGGCAUUCUAAAGUGUUUCAUGAUGGACCAUAGGGUCAAUUGCUCAACAGACCAUCUCUUUCGAGAUAGUUCGCUCUCUUAGUGAAGCAUAUCAGGGUUGUAGUAAGCAUCUUUCUGGUUAUAGACUGGCGUGCUUUGAAAGGAUUUUUUUUUUCCCUGCUAGUAUGUUUUUUCGGUACGAUAAUAUUCUGGUUGAAGUUUGGUAGAUCAGCUUUGCUGUAUCGUUCUGUAGAAUUUGAUCCUCUGUAUUUUGCUAUGUGACUUAGAUAAUGCCAAUGAAGCAGGCUUGCCCAUUUGGUUAAA